AUGGAUGACUUCGAGUACAGCAUCCAGCUGAACGACAGGGACUGGGCUGAGUUCUUCUUGGCGGUGGAGGAGUGCAACCUGGCACCGGCCUCGCUGGCCACAGCAGAGGAGCAGAGUCUCAGUGACAUUGAACAAGGGGACGGCGUGCCGGGCAGCACAGACGGGCCGAUCGCAGCAAGGGUGGGCAGCAGGCCAGGGCCUGGCACAGGCAGCUCUGCCCCACGUGGGGUGACCGGAGACACCUCUCCUCGCUGGCCGGCUGGCGGGCCGGAGCUCCUGUCAGGCAGCGAGGACGAAGUGGACCUGGGCUCGGUUGGCAGGUUUCUGUGUGCGAGCGACCAGCCCGGCUGCCCUUCAUCUGCUCCAAUGCCCAGUGUGCAGGGCAGGCAGCCCCCCUGCCCUCCCGCAGGCACCGCUGCCAGCCCGGCUGGUGGCACAGCAGAGAGCAGCGCAGGGCAGGACACAGCAUGUGAAGCAGCAGCACCGCAGUUGGAGAAAGGAGCAGCCAGCGCUAGCCCGGCCAUGGAGCGACCCAGCAAUCCAGCUGGAAGAAGCGAACACGGAGGGGAUGCAGGCGGGGCUCUGGUGCAGGGCAGCUCGCCGGCAGUGCCUGCUUCCCCAGGGAGAUCCACGAGGAAGGGUCUUAGCAGCGCUUCCCGCUUGGAACCAGGACCACGGGGACCCCCACGUGAACCCCCCCUGAGUCCAGCCCUGGAGACAGCACCCAAAGCACCCGUGUGCCCGGCGCGGGAGGAGACAAGCGGGGACAGAGCCGGCAGCGAGCGCUGCUCCCCGGCUGGCUCCCCGGAGGUCGUGAGGCCCAAGGUGCCAGGGCAGGCGAGGAAGAGCCGCCGGCAGCGUGGAGCCAGUGCCACCGAGGCAGCCCCGGGGGACAAGGAGCCGGUGGGCGCUGCGGGACAGGGGACUGUGGUGCCCAUGAAGGCACCUUUAAGCUCGCCACUGUCCUCACGGAAGAGCAAAGGGAAGGAGAAAACAGCCAAGCCAGCCCCUGUGAGGUUGGGGAGUGAGGAGGCAGCAGAGAACAAGUGGCCAGUGCCCAGCCCUGGUGUGGAUGAGGGUGAUCUGGCUGCAAGCAUAUCCCCAAAGCAGAAGGUGAAGGAGCCGGUGGCACAGCCCCUGGGGAAGGCGAAAGCCACCAAGCAACCAAAGCCAGGGCAGGCUGGUGGUUUGGGUGUACGUGACACUGUGAUCCCAGAUGGUGCUGGAAAUGCCAGCAAAGCCACAGCUCCUUCAGGAGGGGCAUGCCAGGAGAAGCCUCUCCGUCCCAAGAGUGUGGUGGUUUUUGGAGGAGAUGCUGCAGACAGAACUCAUGAAGAGCCUGCAGCUGAGGUCCCCAGGGAGCUGGGCCCUCCUUGCUUUGAAGCCAGGACCUUUGCAGGAACAGACACCCUGGACGUGACUUGGCCUGAAAUGUAUGACUAUUUGUUCUGUGACUCCCAAGGGGAAGAAGAAGGAACAUGGAACUCAGUGGAGGAGGCAAAAACACUGGAAAGGGAUAUGUCCUUGCCCGAACUGUAUGAGCAUUUUUUCAAUGAACCAGAAGGAAAGAGGAAAAAACUCAAGAGUAAAGACAGGAGACGAAAGAAAUUCAGCAGCUUGGACCACACUGAGCUGCAAAAUGAGGAUCCUGAUUUGGCUCCGGUCAAAGACUCCGUGGUUAUCUCAGUCCCUGAGGUGUAUGAACACUUCUUUGCAGAUGGGUCUCGCAACAGGGCAGGCUGGAGAGGGAUUUUCUCAAUCACUCCCACCUCUGAGGUGAAGAAAGCUGUGGGGGCUCUGAAGACCCUCCUGCAAAGGCAUCUCGUCAGAGGCCAAGUCCCAGCGCCCCAGGCUCUCGUGCGGAGAGGAUCCGGAGAGAAUCUCCCCCUCGUCCCGCUGCGUCCGCUGGGAAGAGGCGAGGCGCAGUCAGACUUGGACAUGGCCCUUGCACUGAGAGGGAGCCCCGUGGUUCCGCUGGCGCUGACCCACAAAGACAUGUGCCUCGUCUUCUGUGCCUUUGCAUCCUGGGCAGUGAAGACCUCCGACCUGCAGGCUCCGGAUGCCUGGAAAACCAUGUUCCUGGCAACUUUUGGCACCCUUUCUGCCAUCCGCUACUUCCGAAGGCAGGUCAGAGAAGGACGUCCCCGGACCUAGUCUCAGCGCACACCAGCGAUGCUUCCCGAGGACAGGCGAGGAUGUUUGGAGGCAGAAGCUGGGGACUUUGUUCUUGGACAAGUGUGAAAAGCCUGGAUCCCAGCACCAAGACUUCUCUGGACCCAUCCCUAAAGGGGACAGGAUGUUAGAGGAAGCAGGAUCCUUCCGGUGACAGUCACUUAC